AUUCAGUUAACUCAUCAGCUCAGAUACUUGUUUUUUUUACAAAAAAAAAAAAAAACUCAUCAAUGGAUUUGAAUGGAUCAAGUUACCUUCUAAAUCAUGCAACAUUUCCCCAUGUUUAUUAUCAGGGAAAAGAUGGGGAGAACAUCAUUGAUUUGGGCCUUAGCUUAAAGGUCCUGCAGCCAGAGUCUUAUCACACCUCUCCGCAUGAUGAAUUUGAAGACCUUUUGGAUUGGAACCAGCUUCAUCCCCAGUUGAGAAAUUCAAAGACUGAUCAUGAACAUCUUCAAACCAAUAUUAAUGCAGCAACUUAUUACGACGAGGAAGCCGAGGGGAUUCAAAGCAAACGGCGUUGGUCAUAUCAUGUGAAAGUGAAUAUGGAUGGAAUAGUUGUUGGGAGGAAGAUUUGCAUCCUUGAUCAUUCGGGCUAUUCAACACUUGCACUUCAGCUUGAAGAAAUGUUUGGGAAGCAAUCUGUAUCAGGUCUUCGGCUGUUUGAAGCUGUAUCUGAAUUUUCGUUGCUAUAUAAGGACACAAAGGAGCAGUGGAGAGUUGUUGGUGAUGUUCCUUGGAAGGAAUUCAUGGAAUGUGUGAAGCGGCUAAGAAUUGUGCGGAAAGAUGCGUUUUCAGCACUGAAUUCGCUUUAA